CAUUCCGUCCCAAGACAGAAGCCCCGCCCCUUAAUUUGCAUAACCGCGCUGUCAAUCAUCCAUCAGGGGCGGAAACCCCGCGCCUUCAUUUACAUGAGCUGUCAAUCACCUCAUUAAUAUUAAACAGCGCCCCCGUCUCCUCCAAUCAGCGCGGGUUCUCUGUUGAAGCCCCGCCCCCCCCGUGCGUGCCCCGGAAGCGGCGCUGCCGGAAGUGUCGCACCGGAAGUGGCGGGGCGGGGGUUGGGGGGGAAGAUGGCGGCCAUGGCGGCGCCGCUCGGUCCUCGCUGAGGGCCGGGACCUCCCGGGACCCCCCGGAAUCGCCCCCGGGAAGCUCCGGGAGCCCCCGGGAGCCUCCGGGAGCGGCGGCGGAGCUGGCGGAGCUCGGCAGAGGCGGCGGCGGCGGGGCCGGGAGCGCCAGGAUGCGCAGCCAGUGCCUGCUCGGCCUCCGCUCCUUCGUGGCCUUCGCCGCCAAACUCUGGAGCUUCGCCCUUUACCUGCUCAGGAGGCAGGUCCGGACCGUGAUCCAGUACCAGACCGUGCGCUACGACGUCCUGCCCCUGUCCCCCAUCUCCAGGAACCGCCUGAACCAGGUGAAGAGGAAGAUUCUGGUGCUGGAUUUGGACGAGACUUUGAUCCACUCCCACCACGACGGGGUCCUGAGGCCAACGGUGCGACCUGGGACCCCCCCCGACUUCAUCCUCAAGGUGGUCAUUGACAAACACCCCGUGAGGUUCUUCGUGCACAAGCGGCCGCACGUGGAUUUCUUCCUGGAGGUGGUUUCCCAGUGGUACGAGCUGGUUGUGUUCACAGCCAGCAUGGAGAUCUACGGCUGUGCCGUGGCCGAUCGGCUCGACAACAACCGCUGCAUCCUGGGCCGGCGCUACUACCGACAGCACUGCACUCUGGAGCUGGGCAGUUACAUCAAGGACCUGUCGGUGGUGCACAGCGACCUGUCCAGCAUCGUCAUCCUCGACAACUCACCUGGAGCCUACCGCAGCCAUCCAGACAACGCCAUCCCCAUCAAGUCGUGGUUCAGCGACCCCGGGGACACGGCCCUGCUCAACCUCCUGCCCAUGCUGGACGCGCUCAGGUUCACGGCCGACGUUCGCUCCGUGCUCAGCCGGAACCUUCACCAGCACCGCCUGUGGUGACCCCGGAGCCCCCCGGGACCCCCCCCGGGGACAAAACCGGGGG